AUGCACUCUGCCAUGGAGGCCCACCCCCAGCGAGAGCGGAGACGGCGAGGCUCGUCCCAGAAGUCCAUGCUCUCGAGAGCUCUUCAGAAAGCAAACACCGCUGUGCUGCUGGACAAUGCCGCCAACUUCGAGGGCGCCAUCGAUGCCUACUCCGACGCCUGUGACCUGCUGCACCAGGUCAUGCGUCGUACUAAUGGGGCUGAGGAGAAACAGAAGCUCGAAGAAAUUCGCUCUACCUAUACCACCCGCAUUGCUGAGCUUCGACGCCUGGGACUGUCUUCACGGGCUGUUGGUAAAGCCCUGCCCGAUCGGCCCUUGAGCGACGAGUCCGUCUCGCCCACCUCCAUCUCGUUUCGAUCAGAGAUCCAUGAUGACGCUGACGAGGACGACAUGUAUGUUAUCGAGACUGCGACCGCCACCCGAAUCUUCAACAAGCCUUCCUAUCUGACCGACCCUGACGAGCCUCGAGCUCUCCCGCCCUCCCAGAUUCCCCCGCGGCGUCAAUCGCUCCUUCCCUCCGCAUUCGAUGAAGAAGUUCGUUUUUGGAAACCCUUAGACCAAGACCCCCUCCGUGUGGGGUCGUCGUCCAAUCUGCCUAUAUUAGAUGAGCAAUUGGACAAAGAAGGGUCCCCCAGUGGCAUGUCGUCAGAAGGCCGCGGCCCUUUCCACCGCAGCCCAUCUCGAGAACCUCCUUUGCCUCCACGUCUGCAAAGCCAGCAGUCAGAGCAUCGAAACGAAUUCUUGAGUUUCAAACCUGAAUCCCCUGGGUCUAUCAAACCGACUUCAUGGUUAGAUAAUGGUGAUUCGGGUGGAUCUUCUGCCUCCUCUCUUCGAUCAAGGUCUUCAUCGCUAUAUUUACGGAAACGAGAUCAUAUAUCUAGCGGUGGAACUGAGGCUGCGUUCGACGCUGCGCUGGAUGCGGCUGUCGAGGCUGCCUAUGAUCAAGGAUUGGAGCCUGCAGAUGAUUUAAAUGCUGUAUCUGGAGAUGAUGAUGUUGUUUUGAAUGUUAGGAGAAAUGUGGAACGCGCAAAACAAAAGGUCCGCGAGGCUGAACUGGAAGUUGAAGCCAUCUCGGCGCAAGAACGAGAAAUUCGCCGGAUCAAGGAGGAAACUUUGCACGGCGACCUUACAGCAUUAAAUGAUAACUAUGAAGAUGAAGAAGCGCAGGAGGAGGAACUGAUUUUAGAAGAAAUGAUGGAUGUCCUUGAGUUCGACUCGCCAUCCAAAUCAGGGGUUCCACGCCAGUCAGGGUCCAGUGGAUUUUCUGGUCGAACCUGGGGAAGCUCUAUUGCUUCAAACCCUGCGACUACCGGGACGUCGCUAUCUACCCUCGCUGAAGAGAACAUACCAUCAUCAUUGGAUGCACAAUUAGCCAAAGUGUUAUCCGCCUCUCGCUUAACGCCUCGGUCUCCUUCCGCCGUCGCCAAUACACCUCCAGCAUCACCGUCACCGUCACGAAAACCUCCUCUCCCUGCACCACCACCGCAGUUCAAUUUACCAUCUACAUUGCCUCCACUCCCAACGCCCACUCUAGCAACAGUCACACCAAAUUCCCCUCUUGCUCCUAGCGUAAGGACAAGACGUCUCUCUAGCCAUGACCUUAAAGACCUGUCAAUCGAGACCAAUGCCAAAUUACCACCUGGUGCCGAAGCACCACGGACAGUGGCGGCACCAGAAAGUCAUUCCCAUUCGCAUUCGCAGACGAAGAAUGAAAUAUCAGCUAAUGGUACAAGUUCUUGGCAAAGCCUGGAGCCAAUUCAACGCCUAAGAUCAAGGGAUGCCGCUAGUUCUGCUGAAUCCUUGACGAUCAUAUCCCCGGUUACCUCCUUUCAUGAUCUGCAACGUACUGAUACAAACGACGAUACCCUGAACCCAGCCACCCAUCGUGUCCUAAGUAAAGUAGCAUCGAAUUCAGAAACGCUGAAAAAAGAUAAUCCUGUUGCGCAAUCUAAAUUAGCACGAGGGAAAGUACUAACAGUCACCACGGACGAUAUAACUAAAGGCCUCGAUAGUCCGUUCGUUUCUGCAUUUCCCACAUCUGCCCGUAGAGGCACUUAUCCGCUGCCGACAUCAGCUAGUGCCCCAGGAGCGCACUACCUUUUUGACGAUGCUUUUCAUUCACCGUUGACUCCUGGUUACCCUGAUAUCACUGCGCCAAAUCCUCCUACAGCUCUUGAACCAUGUCCGCAGUCAUUUCUCCUGCGCCCAUUCUGGAUGAUGAGAUGUAUUUAUCAAAGUAUAACUCAUCCUCGAGGCGCUUACAUGACGACGAAACUAUUUAUACCCCGUGACGUUUGGAAGGUGAAAAAUGUCAAACUGAAAGCCGUUGAAGAAAAAGUUGCGAAUUGUGACCUUCUCACUGCAGCACUGCUUAAAGUGGCACAGGUUGAUACCAAUGACGCUGAUGCUGUUCUCGAAGAAAUGCAGUCAUUCGAAAGUGUCCUAGAUCAAGUGCAAACAGUCUGGGCAAAGAAACUCGGUAAUGAAGUCGGCGUCCAUGGGACCUCGCAUCUUUUCAAAUCCUCAACAGAUGAUCAUUCGUCAUUUGGUGAGCAGUCUUCAAGGUCGUCAAGUGGAGGAAGCAAAUCCUAUCUUACCUCGUGGAGAAAGCUACGCUCUAAAAGCUCGGGCCCUAACACCGUGCCCCAGACAGCCAGAAGAGACAGUAACAAGGAUCUGACUUUGAACUCGUUACCUAUGGAUGACACUCUCAAUGUUCGCCGACCAAGGCGGAUUCUACCGGACGCCGACUGCACUGGGCCUAAUGCUAACUAUAUGAGUGCCCUGGCAAGAUUGUGCGACGCGGCGCAGGUCAUUGAUCAAAUUGCCCGACAAGUUGAGGAUCCUGGCCUUAAACAUUCAUCGAAAACGCUCGUCGGGCUAGAAUUAAGCUCUCGCCACGCUGCCGAAUUUUUUGGAUUUUACGUAUGCCGAUUUGCUUUGCAUGAUAUUGGGCUGAUGAUUGACAAGUUUAUAAAACGUGGCAGUGAAUGGGUUUUAGUCUAA